GCGUUUUUGAGCCUUUCUCUUCCUCUCUGUAGAAACAAAGCAAGUGCUUGCUUCUUGCUUUAUCUGCUCUGAAGGGUUUCAGGCAGCAUCUGCUGCUCCCAGCAAAGAACGCUUAGUGCAAAGUUAAUUCCUGCUGAGGCUGUUUGCUAAAAGGGAAGUCGCUGCUGGCACCGCUCUUUGCAGGGACACCAGCCAAACCUCGAGACGCCGGGGCUGCCUGGGGACGGGCUCUGGCACUGGGCAGCCUUCCCCGCCCUCGCGCGCUCUCCCUCUCCCUCUCCCCCCGGCAGAGAGAGCGCGAGCGAAGCUGCUGGGACGCCCUGGUGUCAGCACGGCCCCCCCUCAGCCAGCGAGGGGCUGACCAGGCGAGCGGCGGAUGUUGGGGUCGGUGAUUCAGAUGGUGACAGGAAACCAGAAACUGGUUUACGAUCCCCCGGAGGAACCGGCUCCGGCGUUGGUGGCUGCACCGUGAGCUGAGCGAGGCGAUGGGGCAGCCGGGUGAGCGCGGCUGAUGCUGCAGGCUGGACGCCGGCCGGGCCAUGGCGCAGGUGGAGGUGCUGUGGGCGGCCGCCUCGCUGAUGCUGCUGGGCGCCGCCGUGGGCGCCUGCGUGCGGUGCCAGCUCUCCGCUAUUAAGCGAGAAAAGAAGCAGAGCGAACGGAGGAGUCAGCUUGAAAACCAGCAGAGGUUUGAGGUGAUUCGAGCCCAUUCCAGUGAGUACGAGGGCUGCACGCCCCUCGUGCUAGCUACGAGAAGGCUAGAACAAAUUAAGGAACCAGAAAACCUGCUGGUGACAAGGAAAACCAAUGAGGAACUCAGUGCUGCAAGUUGUGUUGGAAGUGGGAGCAGGGCUGAAUCCAGGUACCAGAACUUCCUGAAAGAAGACCAUCUGCAAGGGGAUGCCACCUACGUUGACCCGAUAUCCUUGGAUUACUACAACUGCGUGAAGUUCCCGAUGCCCCCGAACGAAAAAGAGGAGGAUUCCUAUUCCUAUCAAAAUGUCAUCGUUGGAGCAUCUCACAGCUUCGAUUUGGUCACAGAUGACACAGGAGACUAUGAGAACAGCGCGGCGAUACACACAUGGAAACUGCAGCAAGUGGAAGAAAGCCAGGAUGAUGAGCCAGACUAUGUUAACACGGACCCUGCAUCAGGCCUUGCACCUCUGUCAAAGCAAAGUACAUCACGUAAAAUCUAAAGAAGUCUUCUGCCAAGCUGUAAGAGCAUCCCCAGCGAACAUGUGUAUAAAGGAGAGCCUUCGAAACUGCAGUGCAAUCUUUUCUCCAGAUCAUGCCCAAGAUUAUUUAGAAGGGAUGCAGCUGAAGGGGAGGAAUGCUCUGCUUGAAGUACCACAAAACUCCAACUGCAAACACGGAGCUGGAGAAAGCACUCUGCACGGCAGUGAAUCCUGGCUGAUCAGUGCAGCAGUUUCCAGGGCUAAGCCAAGAGCUCGUUAUCCUCCUUCAUUUCCCUGCACAUCCACUUGACGGAGGAUGGCUAGUCUGUGCAAAGUUUUCUCCUGUCAAGCAUGAAAUGAAUCUCCAAAUUGCUGAGCAAUAAUGUGGUCAACUACUUAAUUUUUCAGGCUGAGUCAUGCAAGGUGGUAUUAAAACAUAAGGAUUAUGGUUCUGUUGUAGUUCCUACACUCCCCUUCAGAAGCCGUUUCCAACAAAAGUGGAACCUGCAAGGAAGAGGUCAGUUUUACAACAGCAGUGGUUUUUCUGGAGCUAAAUAAGACACCAAAUGUUCACAAAAGCUAAAGACUAAAGAGGAUUAAAUCCCUGCUUUAUCGACAGCUAGUAAUUCAUAGUAUUUAUCAAUGGCAGCUCUCCCUAUGCAUCAGUAUCUGUUUUAUAGCAGUACGAAGACACUGUUAACAACUGAGAAGGUAUGAUUUGUUACUGCCAGCCUCAGAAACUGUACCAGUCUUUCAGAAUUGCUGUAGGAACAUCAGAUCCGGAACUUACCCCUUGUCUCUUGAGCCCUGAUGCACAGAUCUGUCACUGUUGUUCCACUUAUUUAUUAAAAGCAAAAAGCCUUCAAAGAAAA